GUAGCACGUACGCGGUACCUGACCUGACCGGAUCGGAGUCCUUUUUGUAAGUACUCCUAUAAAGUAGCACUAUAUUCGCUGUAAUUCCCAACCCUUGAUGAUUAUUCGUUCAAGUUAAUCUCCUCGGCGAAGCGACCGAUCGAGAUACAAAGUUUUUCGACGGAUCGACCUCGAUCCUCCCUCCCUCCGUCCUGCCCAUGCCGGCGUACGAUGUGCGCUGCAGCUUGCUCUUGCUGGAGGAAGGACGGCUGCCGCUGCCUUCGGCCGUGGCGCCACAGCUCGUGCCAAAGCCCAAGAAAACCAACCCUCCCUGGGUCCGCGCAAUCAGGGCGUUCGGCAACACGGCAUGUGUACUAUUUAUAGUCUUCAUCUUGGGGUUCAUGCUUCCACGGAGCAGGGACAAGAACCACCUCCGCCUGUUCGUCAACUGCGCCAUCCCCGUGCUCCUCUCGCUUGGCUUCCCUGUCAUGGCCUAUAUCCUCACCAUGGACGUUGAUGAUCAACCCCAGGGCGCAUGCAAUGCGUGAUGCAUGCCUUACUUGUAUUCCGAGCCUUGCAAGCAAGCCAAGCCUCUUGGAUGCUUAGUAAAGGUGAUCGUGCUGCCAUUAGCACAUAGAAGUAAUCCUAGAAACAGAUAACUGCCAAAACUUAUUGUUAGAAGGGAGAGAUGGAGAUUGGUGGAAUAGUUGGUUGUAUUGUUUGAGC